CCUGGGGUCGUUGGGUCUCAUUAUAAGGGGUCCUGCUGACAGCUGCAAAAAGAAAUCUCAUUGGUUGCUCUUUCACUCUCCUACCCCCUCCUCUUGUUCCCAGUCCUUAGUCCAAUAAGCCCCUCCAGGGUUCAUUUUUCCACUUUCCACUGUCCGGACCUGACUGUCACACAAGUAAGGAGAUUUAAAAUGGUUUUAUGAGGACAUGCUGUACCCGUAUGUGACUCUGUGGCUCUCUGUUGUGGCUCUUUCUGUGGCUCCACCAUCUCCAGAAAAUGGCAGACGCAGACUUGAAAAGAACCAGCCCAAGGAAAGCAUCUCCUACGAGAACCUGGAUCUGAACAAUUAUGAUCAAAAUCUGGAUGUCUAUGGAGAAUCAAUAGACUUAAUUAACUAUGAAGAUCUUUAUGACUACUCAGAACCUCAACCCAAGAUAGAGGUUGGCACCUUGGCUCCACUGGGUAAAAAGACAGAAAUAUUUACAACUCAAGAACCCCAGAUUACAACACCAGGCUCUACAUCUCCAAAACCAGAAGAACCAAGUCUCUUUGGAUCCAUGACAGACCAGGGUCUUCCAACUUGUUUGGUUUGUGUCUGUCUUGGAAGCUCUGUAUAUUGUGAUGAUGUGGACCUGACAACUAUACCACCACUGCCCAAGGACACCACUUAUCUCUACGCUCGUUUUAACAAGAUUAACCGGAUACGCUCAGCGGACUUUGCAGGACUCAACAAACUGAAGCGUGUGGAUCUCUCAAGCAACUCUCUGUCUGAAAUAGAUGAUGAUGCCCUCCGUCUACUGCCAUCUCUUCAGGAGCUUAUCCUGCCUGAGAACCAGCUGAGAGCUCUGCCUGAGCUGCCAUCAAGUCUUAUUCACCUGGAUGCCAAAAUGAAUCAGCUGCAAAGUUCAGGCAUCCAGACAGAAGCCUUCAAGGACUUGACCAAAUUGCAGUUUUUGUAUCUCUCGGACAACAAACUCGACUACAUCCCUGUGCCUCUCCCUACCAGCCUGCGAUCUCUUCAUCUCCAGAAUAACAACAUCCAUAACAUGCAUAAAGACGCGUUCUGUGACAGCCGCGACCGAGCAUUCAUCAGACGGGCCUUGGAAGACAUUCGAUUGGAUGGAAAUCCCAUUAACCUAAGCAAAUUUGGAGAUGACUACUUCUGCCUGCCGCAUCUUCCCACUGGCUCCUAUUACUAAAUGCAGGAGCCCCUUGUCUACAUACAACACAGCAAUAAUUCUUUAUAAGUCAGUUCAUACUUAAAGGCAAUGCUAUAGUAGCAAAAUUCCAGAAGAGAUGUAUCGCAUAUGCCUAUGGGCAUAAACUGUUUCUGUAAGUAAAUAAAAAAAGAAAAACAAA